AUGUCGGACGACAAUGUUUCGGGACCUCCUCUGCCCGUUGCACCCAAAUCGAAACCAGUCAGCGAAGCUCUGCUAAACGAAAAGUGGGAUCGUGCAGUCUCCUCCCUGGUGAUCAGAUCCGCACUCGGUUUCUCGUUCGGCGUCAUAUUUUCAGUACUGUUGUUCAAACGAAGAGCAUGGCCUGUGUGGUUCGGGACAGGUUUCGGAGCUGGAAGAGCAUGGGAAGAAGCUGAUGCGAACUUCAAGCGAGGAGAUGUCCUGACGACGGACGGACUACGAAAAGUACGGACUGGAAGUUAG